AUGGCCAACUCCAAGUAUGCAUACGUGCGGUCCUUUGAGCUCCCAGACAACAUUCUUCCUGGGACAUAUAUGAUUGUUCGCCUGGAUGGACACUCGUUCCACAAGUUCUCCACCGACCAUGGAUUCACGAAACCGAAUGAUGAGACUGCAUUGCGACUCAUGGAUGCCGCCGCCAUUCAAAUUAUGCAAGCAUACCCAGAGGUGACAAUGGCAUUUGGCGAGAGUGACGAGUUUAGUAAGAUUGCGAGUACAUUCGCGUCCCUCUUUGCCGCCACCUACACAUAUCGAUGGGCUGAGUUCUUCCCCAACACUCCCCUGCAAUAUCCACCAUCGUUUGACGGAAGAGUGGUUGCUUAUCCAUCCUCUGUGGAGAUCAGGGACUACUUUUCGUGGCGACAAGCAGAUACCCAUAUUAACAACCUAUACAAUACAACCUUCUGGGCACUUGUUCUCAAUGGAAACCUGACUACGGCGGAAGCGCAUGGAAAGCUAAAGGGAACGAGCUCUAGUCAGAAACAAGAGAUUCUAUUCGGCCAAUUUGGCAUCAACUACAACGCCCUCCCUGAACGAUUCCGCAAAGGAAGUGUUCUCUAUCGUCAAGAAGCGACCGCCUCGGUGGAGACGCCUGCAGCAGGGGUGGACAACACUCCCGGUCAGGGUUCGAUCACUGCGACCAGCAUAGUACCUCCACGUCGCCCUCGUCGCGAAAUCGUGGUUGAGCACUGCGAUAUUAUUGGACCAGCGUUCUGGAGUAGCCGGCCGUCGAUCCUGGGAGGGCAACCAUCGCCGGAGUGA